AUGGAGGAUGAAGAGGAGGAGAAAGUACGAGGAAGAAGAAGAACAUGUGGACCAAAGAAUUUUGAUUGGUUAAGGUUAGGAUGUGGGCCAUAUGUGCUGGCACUAUGCACGGGAAUGAGACCAGUUGUGAUGAUGAUUGACUAUGGUGGCAAGAUGCAUGACCUACAAGAUCGCUUCUCCAAGAUCGCUUCUCUACUUCUUUCUUCUUCAAGCAACAUUACUACAUGUAUGGUAGAACCGAGCAAGGAAAGCAAUCUAGGGAUGCAGCUUACGUCGAUUCAGAAGCUAUUCUCUUCCACAUUUCCUUUACAUGGAAGCAAUAAUGAUACCACUACAGCACUUGAUGAAGCCAAUUCUUCUCAGCCUUCUUUAUUCAUUGAUCUUAGUUGUUGUUUACAAGACACUAAGAUAUGGCUGCUGGAAUAUCCGGUUGUGUAUUUAUUCGGCACAUACCACAUAGAAGAUGCUAUCUACAACCUCCCAACCAAGUCUCUCCGCAUCUUCAAAGUUCUUGUACAAAGGGGAGAAUACUUUCAUUUAGAAGAGCUAACAAGUUCUUCGGUUCCAUAUGAGCUGAGUAUGAAGUCUGGGCUGAAGCAUUUCUGGAGAGGAUGA